AAAAAAAAUAUCACAGGUAAUCCUAAAAAAAAAAAAAAAUCCUUAGUCUUUGGAAAUUAACUCCGUAAAAAAUGAGACAUUUCUUCAUUUCCACUGUCCCGGCCUGCCAUUGGCUCUCCCUGCUGUCCCUGCUCCGGACUGGGAAUGACCCAAAACCACAGGGCAGGAGAACGGUGGUGGAGAAGAAGCACGGCCUCGAUCCAGAGAAUGGAUCAAGGGCUGGAAAAAACUGUGCAGUAAUCUGGAGGGUGGCUCCAGGUGGAGGAGUGGAACAGAGGGAAGGACUGGCAGGCUUUGACUUCUCAACCCUCUUUAGCUGUUAAUCCACACUAGUGUGGGAAGACUGUGUGUGUGGGGGACACAGGGAGGAGGAGGAGGGGGGAGAGAAGAUGGUGGAGAAGGUGAAAGUACAGGCAGACCCAGUGGGUGAAACCAGGCUUUAAAAACUACUGGUCCAUCAUUAGAGAUUUAGGUCAAGGACCCUCCCACUGAGACCAGGCAAAAGAUAAAAAUAGGAAACCCUUACUAUAUAUGUAUAUUUUAUUGUGAAAAUAAUAUAUGUUGGUAUAUUUUAGUAAUUAUUGUUAUUAUAUUUUUAUAUCAGUAAAAUAUUAUUGUUGUGGUUUGAUACCGACCCACGGUACAAAAUAUACAAACUACAUAUUUGAUACAGAAAGAAUGACAGAUGAUGCACUUUGUUGACAUCGCCUAACGGAAAAUAUUCAAAUACAAACAAAUGAAAAUAUUAAAAAUAUAUGAAAGCUAAAGCACGACAUGAGCUAUUGGUAAAUAUUAGGCCAAAUGUGUUGGGAUAUGUUUUACAGUUUUAUGUUAAUGUGGGUUUUUUUUUUUGUGCCAAACGAUAAAUAACUUAAUAACUGGUCAGAUCUGUUACGAUGACACUCUGCUGUUAGCGCUGCGGGCUAAGUAGCUUCUCUGCUCUACGUCUGACCUUGUGAUCUAUGCCAGCGUCGUUGGCUGCGUCUCUAAGAGGCUUGUGAGCAGCAGCGGAUCAGUUUAGCGCAGGCACAGCCUCGGCCUCAGCCUCAGCGAACUAAUCUGAUUACAUCAGCAACACUGCUGUCAGUGUGUGAGGACAGGACGGAGCGAAGGAAAGAUGUCGGCCAGCUUCUCUGACCUGCUCCGUGUUAGCCUUUUUACCAUGACAUGUGAGAUUAGGGCUAGAAAAUAAGGUACGUUAGCUGAGGAGCUAACAGUAUCCAUUACGGUUAGAAGAGCUAAGCUAAGUGAGACACAGACAAUAUUGGAUGAAAAGUAGUGGAAAGUUUGUCAAAACUGACACGAAUUUAGCCGCAAUCAUGAUUUAAUCAUGUAAAUACAUGUAGUUAAUUAAAGACGUUUCUAAUUCCUGGUAAAUAUAGGGGUAAAAAAAAUAUUUAAAAAUUAUAAUUUUCACGGAACCCUGAGAGCACUGGCACUUUAACUCUCUCUAGUGGUAUGCAGAGGGAUGUCUAUGUAAGUUCCCAGACACACCAAAACAAAUAAAGUAGAAUGUGACUGGAGUGGUUUUUACAACCUUUGCUAAAAAACAGGUUAACAUUCUUAUUAGAAAUACAUUCUUGGUAUAUUGCUCUCAGCUAAACAUGGUAGGACAUAUAUACAUAUAUAUACAUAUAUACAUAUAUAUAUAUAUAUAUAUAUAUAUUUGGGUGUGUUGACAGACAGGCAAAAGUACACGCACUUGCAGUACCUACGUACACCACCAGGAGUAAUAACUCUCCCACUGAAGACAGAUAACUAAAGCAGCGUAGAGACAGAGGGAAACCUAAUCAGUGACAUCAUCGCUGUUGAAGGAAACCUUGAACGUGAAGCCGUGUUCAGACCCGUCCACAAAUAAACAGUGCGUUGACUGUCGCGUCUUAUCUUCGACGUGAUAAGGACGAUACGGUACUUUUUCUUCCCAUCACCGACUUUAAAAUGAAGUGAUGAGAGGAGAAGGAGCGCUCAGCCAAUCACGGCUGUAUCGUCUCUAAUCGGCAGCGUUCUUUAUCAGACGCUGAUUGGAUGUGAGUUUGUCAGGUCUGUUCCUCCGUCACUGAAAACGUGACACACUGAAGCAGAGUCUUUAUCGAAGUCUGUUCUCACAGAAACUGUGUCAUGUUCACAGCCAUGUUUCGGUGUUUAUCUACACUGUAGCUUCUGUGAUUAGAUGGUAGAGUUCCACACGUCAGAGGGAGGGGCUUCUGUGACGUCACCGUAGGAACGCAUCGCGAUUCAACACAUUAAAGCUUCCAUUUGGACAAAUGUUGUAAUUUUACCUGUUUUUUUGAGCCACAUUUUUAUUUCUAUUUCUGAGCCAUUUUUAUGUGAAUUUAUAAUUUAAUUUAUUUUAAUUUGUUUAAUUUCAUUUUUGGCUGAAUCUUUGAGCUAAUUUCCAAUGUAAUGUUUCUAUUUAUCUUGAGCUCAAUAAUUUGGCUAAUUUCAGAUAUUUUUAUUGUUUAACUUUGGCCAUAACCUUUUAUUAAUUAAUAAAAAAAAGUUAAAUUCAACAAACAAUAAAAAAAACUUUUCAUUGCGUUGGGUAAGAAACAAGUUGUCAACGAGGGCUACAUUUUAGUUUGAUGAGAUACUUUGUUGUAGUUUUGUUCAGCCAAAAAUGUUGUACAAAUAUUUGAACAUUUUUAAAUAAACAUCAAUGUUCAUUUACAUCAAGUUUAUGAUGGUUUAAACCUGUCUUCAACCCAGAGGGAGUCUUUGGGCGGAACUGCAGGGGGGGGGGCAUAAAGUCUUUUGGUUGGUUUUUUAAUUUAUAAUUGAGUGGUAACAGUUGAUGAGUCUGUGAAUAAAUGUCAGUGUCACAGACUCCCAACCUGAGAUGAAACAAUCAGUAACAAAGAUAUAUUUUCUUGCAAAUUUAAAGAGAAAGAAAAUAUAAAAAAGAAAGAAAAUCAGAUGCCUUCGCAACUACAGUGUUGAACUGCAGGUGGCACUGUUUCUGGAACGCUCUUCAGGCUUGGAUUCUGCUCUGAGGGUCAGGUGUGAUAAAUGCUACGAGAGAAGACGUCGGACUUUCUCGCACAACUUUAAGAUGCAGGCGUCUCAGGUUGACAGUGACCACGAGAAGGGACGUGAACCAGAGAUUUAAAACAUGAGGCUGAUCACCUGCGGGAAACUCUUUGAUACAAAGGUGUCUUUGACUCCUUUGAUUUCUUUGUUUUAAAAAUAAUAGGUGUAUUUCAGACCUGUGUUUUAGUUGGUGUGUGUUUGCACACACACACACACACACUCUCGCUGGUGUUUGCUUGAAAGUGAAACACUGAUGACACAGGGGUGAGGGAGUUGAGGGAGUUGAGGGAGGGGUGGAGCAGUGGGAGGUUCUGUGUGAAGAAAUGAAUAUAAACACAUCUUCACCAUUAGUUUUCAGCCAGUCUCCUCCAGUCCCUGCGCUGCAGCCGACACUCGUCCGUCACACGGUGAAAAUGUCAGUUGUUGAAUUGUUAACCAUCACUGGGGGGCUCGUCGUGCUCUACCACCUGCUGGCACUGGCCUGGAAGUGUUGGCGGGGACUCCGACAGUUUGUUUUCUCCAAGUUCUGGCAGGUGGACUUAAAGGCGUAUGGAAAAUGGGCAGUCGUCACCGGAGCGACCGCUGGCAUCGGCAGAGCUUACGCUCUGGAGCUGGCUCGUAGAGGUCUGGACGUGGUCCUGGUCAGCAGGUCAGCAGAUAAACUUCAGGGCGUCGCCAAAGAGAUCGAGGAGACCUACGGCAGAAACACCUGCACCAUCCAGGUGGACUUCACAGAAGGACACAGCAUUUACUCCACCAUAGCUGCUGGACUGGAGGGCCUGGAGAUUGGAAUUCUGGUCAACAACGUAGGGAUGCUCCCCUGUGCUGAGUUUGCUGCCUUUAUGGAAGCGCCUGAUAUCGAGCAGAAAAGCACCCAUCUGGUCAACUGUAACAUUCUGUCAGUGGUUCAGAUGAGCAGACUGGUCCUUCCUGCAAUGAUCCAGAGGAGGAGGGGCCUGAUCAUCAACAUCUCCUCCAUCAGUGGUGACCAUCCAUACCCUUUUCUCUCACUCUAUUCUGCCUCCAAGACUUUUGUCACGGUCUUCUCUCGGUGUCUGAACGCCGAGUAUCAGCCGCUGGGAAUCACUGUUCAGAGUGUGAACCCCUCCUUAAUUUCCACCAACAUGGUAAAACACAUGGAGGUCGGCCAUUUUGUGAAGAGUGCCCCAGAGUUUGCUGUCGGUGCCCUGAACACCGUGGGUCACUCCGACUACACCAAUGGCUGUUUGGCUCACGCUCUGAUGGACACGGCCCUGAGGAUCCUGCAGCCCGAGUGGUUGCGUCUGUCGCAGUUCAACCUUAGACGGCUGCGGAACUACAACUUGUUGGCUAAGAAGAAGAGGUCCAUCACCAAGCAGAAAUAACCAUCGUCAUCUUCAUCGUCGUCAUGACGGAGGAAACUUGUUUUUCUUUUCUGCAGUUUAGAAUGUAAUUAUUUUCACUACACAGUAACACAGCGGUGUAGCUGGAGGCUAACUGACAGACUGUGUCAUUAACAGUCAGGUGUGUCAUUUAAAAAAUGUCUGUAUAUUGAGAGUAA